CCCCACAGCGCAGCCUAUGGGCGUAUGGCGGAGCGGCGCCUAUGGGCUGUGGCCCUCCCUGGGCCGCCAUUGUCGCGCCUGUCAAGCUUGUCUACGUGACUCGUUUGCUUCACCUCGCCGGCCGAACGAAACCACUGGGAAAUUCCCUGAUCCGGUCUGCGUCUCCCUACACCCAGGCAACGUCCUUGGCCGCUGGGUCUCUGUCACCAGCCUCGAGAGGACGACCCGAGCCCCGGGCCUAGCACGGGAGGGGCCCGGGUCUGGGAGAAUAAUUGCUACGUUCCAGUCCUGGAGGCUUCUGUUAGCCAGACUGUGAGCCCUGACGGGUUUUCAAGGCCCUGCUGGCUAGGCAGUCGUGCUUCUCCCAGCGCUCAUGAGGAACUGAGCCUAAUCUGGUGUCUGGAGGAACAAGUUGUAGCACCGAUCGCGCCCAGCACAGACUUGCCCCUUCCCCACCACCCAAACCUACUCUCCUGCUUCAUUCCUCCCAGAUCCCACGGUCCCUAAACAGUGCACCUGCCGGAGGUCCCAACCCAGCGGGAGAAGUGGACAUGAGGUUGGCAGGCCCCCUGCGCAUCGUGGCCCUAAUCAUCACUAUGGGUCUCACCUGGAUCCUAGUCACCAUCCUCCUGGGUGGUCCUGGUGGUGGCCUUCCUCGAAUUCAGCAGUUCUUCACCAGCCCAGAGAACUCAGUGACAGCAGAACCAAGGGCCAGGAAGUACAAGUGCGGCCUGCCCCAGCCAUGUCCUGAGGAGCACCUGGCCUUUCGCAUAGUCAGCGGGGCUGCCAAUGUCAUCGGGCCCAAGAUCUGCCUCGAGGACAAGAUGCUCAUGAGCAGCGUCAAGGACAAUGUGGGCCGUGGGCUGAACAUUGCCCUGGUGAAUGGGGUCAGUGGUGAGCUCCUGGAAGCCAGAGCCUUCGACAUGUGGGCUGGAGAUGUCAAUGAUCUCUUAAAGUUCAUCCGGCCAUUGCAUGAAGGUACCCUAGUGUUUGUGGCAUCCUAUGAUGAUCCAGCUACCAAGAUGAAUGAAGAGACCAGGAAACUUUUUUCUGAACUGGGCAGCAGGAACGCCAAGGAGCUAGCCUUCCGUGACAGCUGGGUGUUUGUGGGAGCCAAAGGUGUACAAAACAAGAGCCCUUUUGAGCAGCAUGUGAAGAACAGUAAGCACACCAACAAAUAUGAGGGCUGGCCAGAGGCCCUGGAGAUGGAAGGCUGUAUCCCUCGAAGGAGCAUGGCGGGCUAGCACAGCAGAGCCCUGGGACCAGACUGAAGGAGGCAGCAUGGCACCAGUAUAGGGUGGAGGCCUUGCCCCAUGCCCAGGCAUGAGGCUCCCCUGCCCCAACACAUCAGGGCUCGAAAGUGACUUCAAGGUGAUGAGAGCUGCAGGGCUGGGGCAUUUCACUUUGUCAUGGAGCUUAGGUAGCUGUGUCCUUGUUUUCCUAAAGCUGAUCCCACAGUCAGUUCCACCCAGCCCCUUCCUCUGCCUCUCCUGUGUCAUCUUCUAUUUCUUGAGUGCCCCAGAGGCAAGGGUCUUCAGUGCUUGCUCCUUUCACUGGAGCAGCCAAUGGGUAGGUUAGGACAUCUUCCAGAACGUCUCCCUCCCAGAGUCACUGCCCUGCCAUCGAACCCUGUUUUCAGUGUGAUCCUUUUUAAGUAAGCCAUAUCAGAGUUUAAUCAGAUCAAACCUGAAUGGAGGACUGGCCUUUGGUGCCCAAGUAGCUGGAGUCCAAUCAAAGUUCCUCAUAAAGUAUACGGUAAUAUGCAGAUUGUCAGAGAGCUCACCUUCUAAAUGACCUGUUUGUUAAUAAACUAAUCAAUUUCAGUGGAAUAAAAUGCAUUCAGAUGUUGUCCUCA